AUGGGUUUGCAUCUGAAGUUGAGCAAUGGAAUCGGGCGGCGGCUUAUGGGCAAUUGGUCGCAAUUGGCCCAGUCGUAUAGAGCUUCAGCUCCACGAAUUGUGCCUGCUAAACUUCCGUUGAUGGAGCAGGCUCAAAAAGCUCAGAAAAUACGAUGCGGUGUGGUUUUGAAGUCACUGAGUUCCGAACGAGACGCGGCUUUCCUCAGCGCUCUGUUGGCUGAUGUUUACGCCACGGAUCAGUACUGGUACCGCGAGUUUUGCAGCAGGUAUAAGAACUCGGCUGGCCCGAGACUAAUUAAGUAUGCACCAUCAUUAGAUGUGCAAAAAGAGGGCCUCACAACCGUUUACAGUCUGCCCUCACCGUGGCUCCAGAAACAUGCAGUUGAGUUAAGCGAAUCGGACGUGCCGGCGACCGCGACUGAUGAUUGCCAUUUAUAUCUUAGCACAAGUCCCGAACUGACGCACUUGACGCGGCCCUGGCCUUCUUUGCAAAUAACAGACUCAAACCUAGAUACGCCCCUCGGGUCACGCGAGCUGAAUAGCUUUAAAGCUCUCACUGGUAUUAACAAAUUUGUUGAAAACAAGCAGAAUGUGAAUGAGUAUCUAGAAUCUCUCGAGUCCUCCAAUUUUCUGAACGUCACUCGAAAAUUUGAAGAACAACUAGACGAUAAGUCCCGCAUACUUCAUACUUUGGGCCAGGUUAUUGUUGAAAACAUAUACAAAACUGACAAAAUUACAGCCGACUUGCAGGAAUUUGAGUCUCAACGGGCCAGCUUUGACUGCGUGAUUGACGAUUGGUUUACGCAGGCACACGCAGAUUUGCUUUCACAUUUCAAACCGCGUCUCGACAAAUUUGUUCAUGAUCAACUUUCAGUAUUUAGAGUUUACACCUACUCCGAAAGCAAGAUUGAGUUGAAGCUUCGAGAAUUGUGUGACUUGAGUGACACUGCGGGAGUCAUGGAGAGAAUUAAUCAUUUGCGGGGCAAACUCAACCUGCCAUUGCUUGUGUCUUUCCCGAGGGCGAAUUCAGACUCGCUUUAUAAUAGAGUUCCCAUUUUGCAUAGAAAUAUCAACGAUUUAAUUUACAGGCAAUUUUUCAUGCUCCAAUUACCGCUAACUACAUGCGCCAUUUGUGGAUCGCUGUCAGGACAACUAUCCAAUUACUCUAUGGGGUCACUUGCCAUGUUGGGUAUUGUCUUGGGUACUAGUAGAAUUAUGAACAGAUGGUCAUCAAUGCUACGUCGCUUUGAAGAUGAAAUUUUGGAGGAAAAGAGACUUGAAAUUGAAAAUGGAAAAAUAUCUAUCAAGAGAGAAUGGCUUACGGAAACCGCAGAACGUGAAUCGCUUCUUCGAGAUAAAAUUAAACUUUUGGAGAGUUUAGAGAAACAGUAA